AUAUGCGGACAGAAGGAGAGAAGAGUGAUGGGAAAUCUGGAAAGGAAUACUUUGUAUCUUACACAACAGUGGCAGUAAUCUGUGUUAGUUGCUUUACAAUACUAGUGAUUGUCGGAUUACUGACUGGACUCCUGCCGAAGGAACAAAUCAAAUGUAGUGAUCUAGAGACAACGACUGCAUUUAUUCCAGACAGCGAACCGUGGAAGAACCCUCGCCUUCCAAAGUCACUACGCCCGAUACACUAUGAUUUAGAAAUCAAGGCAGACCUUAACAACUUCACGUUCGACGGUAAGGUAAACAUUAAAAUAGUGUGUGACCAGACCACAGAUAUCAUUCUACUUAAUACUAAGCUUUUAAACAUCGACCAUUCGUCGGCACAUUUGAGUAGUGUUGACGGACGGGUUCCGAAUAUCCUUAACAUCAACACAUAUCCAGAGCAACAGUACAUGAUGGUGCUAUUAGACUCUAGACUCGAGAUGAACGCCGAGUAUUUUUUCUCAAUUGAAUUUAGUGGACCUCUAACGGAUGAUCUGAAUGGCUUUUAUAGAAGCUCAUACACAACCAAGAGUGGCGAAAAGAGAUGGCUGGCCGUUACAUUUUUCUCUCCAACCAAUGCGCGCAGAGCAUUUCCAUGUUUCGACGACCCAGGACUGAAGGCAAGGUUCACGAUUUCUAUCGUCCAUCGACCAGAGUACACGGCACUUUCAAAUAUGCCUGUUGCGUCAUCAGAAUCUGUGAUGAACGGAUGGCAACUAACAAAGUUCCAAACUUCUCUACCUGUUUCCACUUACCUCGUUGGGUAUUGUGUGUGUGAUUUUGUUUAUAAAGAGGCGACAACUAAAAACAACAUACGAAUGCGUGUUUGGAGUCGAAAUGAUGUCAUCGGUUCUGUUGAUUACGCUUUAGAUGUUGGCGUUCGAAUCCUUGAGUACUUUCAAUCAUACCUGGGCAUCGAUUUUCCACUUCCAAAGAUAGACAUGCUGGCAAUUCCGGAUUUUUUAGCUGGCGCAAUGGAGAACUGGGGUAUGAUUACGUACCGAGAAACAAGGCUCCUAGUAGAUUCCUCAGUUACUUCAGCAGGUGAUAAACAGGGAGUUUGCACGGUAAUAGCUCAUGAGCUUGGCCAUCAGUGGUUCGGAAAUCUUGUGACACAUGCAUGGUGGGAUUAUAUUCUGUUGAAAGAAGGGUUUGCUUCAUUUAUGGAAUAUCUCGGAAGCAAUCAUGUGGAACCCACUUGGGCGAUGGACGAGCAGUUCUUGUUUCUUGAUUUACACCCGGUAUUCGACUCAGACGCUUUAGCUUCGUCACGGCCUGUACUGGCACAUGUCGAGACGGUUGAUGAAAUCAGUCAACAGUUUGACAUUAUCGCCUACAAUAAGGGUGCUUCUAUUUUCCGAAUGGUUAGAGACUUUCUUGGAGAUGAUUUGUUUGUCAGAGGGCUUCAGCUGUAUUUGCAGCGAUAUAAGUACAGCAAUGCCGAAAACGAUGAUCUAUGGGACUGUUUUAAUGAGGUGGUGGAAGAUGAGGUUCUUGGAAUCGACGUAAAAACUGUGAUGCAUACCUGGACGCUACAGAUGGGACUACCGAGUGUUAACUUGACGCGGAAUUAUGGAGCAGACACCGGCAGUUUCUCUGCCAAACAACACCAUUUUCUUAUCAAUCCCGAUGCUAACUUCACUACAAAAUACGAUGAUUUGGGGUACGUAUGGUGGGUUCCUCUGUCGAUACUCUACCAGAAAACCAUCAACCAACCACCAAUCAGGUUUUGGAUGGAAAACGACGACGUGAUGCACGACCUUCCUGAUGUCGACGAUGCUCAUUGGAUAAUAGUUAACAUCAAACAAGCUGGUUACUAUCGUGUGAACUAUGACCAACAGAACUGGAAUCUGAUCAGCAUUCAGUUAAUAUAUGAUCAUAACGUUAUUCCAGUCGCAAAUCGAGCCUCACUUCUUAGCGAUGCUAACAAACUAGCUCAGGCUGGUGAACUUAACCAGGUAACCGCUCUAGACCUGACGCGAUACCUGGACAAGGAGCUUGAGUAUGUACCAUGGUCAGUGGCCAUGAAUACAUUGGGUUAUAUAGAGAAGAUGCUCAAGAUAUCUCCCGCAUAUGGAUCCUUCCAGAAAUAUAUGCUACGGCAAAUAUCACCUUUGUAUGAACACGUCGGUUGGACUAACACAGGAGAACAUUUAACCAGAAUGACCAGAAGUACUGCACUAUCAGGAGCAUGUCACUAUGGCAACAAUGACUGUAUCAACAUGGCGAUUGAAAUGUUUCACAUCUGGAUGAACACGCCAUCUGAUAACAGAAUUGCUUCUGAUUUACGCUCUGUUAUUUACUGCACAGCAGUGAAAUCUGGAGAUCAAAAUGAAUGGUACUUUGUCCUGGAUCAGUACCAGAAAUCACAAGUGGCUGGCGAGCAAGAUAACCUUCGCUAUGCCCUCUCUUGCAGUCAAGAACCCUGGGCACUUAGCACUUAUUUAAAUUUUACGAUGGGCUCUGAGGUGAUUCGUCCACAAGACUGGGUGUCUGCAGUCAACGAAGUUGCAAAAAAUCCAGUAGGCACACCUCUAGCGUGGAACUUCUUUCGAGAAAACUGGGACUACUUCAGACAAAUGUAUGGAGACAGUCUUUUUCAGUUCACGUCUCUCAUUAAAGGAGUAACCAGCAACUUUAACACUGAAUUUCAUCUUCAUGAGGUGCUGUCUUUCAUGGAGCAACAUCCUGACCAAGGCACUGGUCGAACAGCAUUUCUUCAGUCGGUGGAACAAAUUGAAGCCAACAUUCGAUGGAUGUCCAAUAAUUAUGAUCAAGUUAAAGAUUGGCUUCAUAAGGAAACAAAUGAGAAAUUAAAAUGAAAUAAUUUUUUUUCCUCAAAUAUUUAUAGAAAUUCCAAAUUGACACUUGUCCUUAUGGCUAUUAUACUGUAUAGUGACUAUUGUUUUGUCUAUUUUCUAAGAAUGCAUUUCUUAAAAAAUAUUGGCUUGUGUACUUCUUUUUAAAAUUAAACCAAGAUAUAGUAGCUUAUAGUGGCAUUGAUUCAACAUUUUAUAAAAGAAAUAAAACCGCAAAAUAGAAUUGCAGUACACGCAUAAUUUAAGUGGAUAAUGGAUACAACUAAUUUGCCAUAUAAAACCUGAGAAGAUAUAAAAUGCAAGGUCAAAUGAUGGUUGGUCAUAUAUGACAGAUUAUUUAUAACAUAUGGUCUUAUUGCAUUACAAUGAUUAAUCAUAUAGUGUGACACCUGCCUGAUAUACGGCCAAAUGAACAUGAUAAUAUGGAAAUUACAA